AUGCGUUUUCUAAAAUUGGCCACAGUUGUAGUGGUAUCUGGAGUCACUCUGUUCGUUGUUUAUCGAUGUUACAAGUAUGGAUCAGUGUUUCGGGAGCAGAAGAAACAAGAAGACAAAAGAGAAGGGGAUUCAUCAUCUGGAGAGACUUCUGGAUCUGUCAGUAGAUCAGCAUCCCCAAUGACUACUAAUAAAAGAAAGAAGAAGCGCCAUCGUCGUCGUCGUGCCGCUCGUCCACGUACAACUCCAACAGCUCUUCACGAAUCUAGCACUGACUCCUCUGUGGUUAUCAAUAAAUAG